GUUUAGUUUGCCUCAAGACGUUUUCUAGCGCACACCAGGAGAGAUUCAAGAAACACAGAGCUGAGUGUCGAGAUCCCGUAGAAAGCGGUGGAGAGAUUCGUCUUUAAGACUGAGAUUCAUCUACCAACGAGCAGAACGCUCCCCCCCCCCCCAAGUUUCCUCCUGGAAUCGCAGGUCCUCCUCCACCAAAAUCAUUGCAGAUCUCAGCCACCCCACGACCGCGUAAACGCAAAAUCACCGGUUUCGUUCACACAACAACUGCUGAGAACCAAGAAGAGUGUAAUGUCAAGCUGGUCACACUGUUGUGUGCAGCAAACAUCGAUCUCAAAAUUGUUGAGUCCCCUUUUUUGAAAGAUUUUAUUGAUGCUGUAAGGCCAGCUUACCAACUCCCUACCCUGGACGAGAUAAAGACAGUCUAUCUCAACAAAGUUUCGAAGACAGUAGAAGCUAAAAAACAGGAAGUGUCAUCUGCAGAUGGGAUAUUGUUGUUAAGCAAAUCAGAGCUUGUUGUUGGAGAGACGGAAACCAAAAAAUUAAUGGCAGUGAUUCAAGCCUGUGAAGGCACGAGACUCUAUGCUGGCACAUGGAAUGUUGAGCGGACUGUUAUGCAGCUACCCGAAUCACUUGAAGCAGAGGUUAUUUGUAAUGUAUGCAGCCAAGUUGAAGACAAAUAUGGAAUGCAUCUCUAUGCUGUUGUCUUGGAGGACCAAAUGAUGGAGCUAAAAGUGGAGAAGGACCCAAAUAUUUGGUAUUUCAUUGAUCAAAAAGCAUUGAUAAAGUUUGCAGCUGAAAAAGUAGAGAAGAAAAAUCUAACUGCAUGCUUAAACGACCUCACGCAUGAAUGUCAAAUGAAAUCGGUGGGCGAGUUACCUAAACGUUACACUUUCUCAUCAAGAGGCUCUGUUUAUGCAUGGCAGGAAAGACAUAAAUUGGUCUCUUAUUACCUCCAAGAUGUAGCAGCAGUGAAAUUGCUAGCAGGUGCAGGCAAAAUCGAGCUGAACAAAGACAUUGCUAAUCGUAUUUUUGAUGUAGAAUUCGAACAAGACGUUCAACAGGAGCUUGAUUUAUUGACAUCAUUGAAGAACUUGGAGGAUAAAUGUGAGAAUAAACAAACGACUCUGGCAGAUACUGUCGAGGCGUAGCAUGAAUUUGAGAAAAUAUGUGAAGACACUCACGAGGGGAAGAUUGAUUUUGACAAAGAUAUGUUUUCCUCACUCAUGCUAGCAUCCAAUUUCUUUCAUCACCAAUAUCGUGGUCAGUGCUUUUCUCAGAAUUCAGUAAGAAUGCAGAAUCUGACCGAUUUCCUGGUACAAGCUCUAUCGAUUGAUGGUUUGAAUGGGUACACAGCCUACAAAAAAAGGCAAGCAUCAUUUCAAAAUUUGUUCAGGAAGAAAAUUGUCAAGUAGGAGCUCUUCUGGAACUUGGCUGGGGAUAAAUACCCUGACUUGACUAGAUUCGUCCAGAAAAUCCUGCGACUACCAGUAACAACCCUUAAAAUUGAUUUUUCGGCAGUUCCUUCAAACAAUCUGUCACCAAGCACUCACCAAAAACUCGUGGAUAUCCAUCAUCACCUGAAGAUCGACGAGCUGUUCUGACGUAGCAGGAUAGGAAGUCUCUCAUCACUCAUCCAUGAUCAUGGUCUUGACGAACAAGAGUAAUACUCAACUGCUACAAUUUGCCUGGUCUCUAAUGAUGUACUUUAUUAUUAUUAUGACUUUUUAAAAUUUUUGUUCUACAUUCCAGCUCUUCCUUAUACCUUGGAAUAUUUACAAGGCCGUGAAACGUUAAACAAUGCCAAAAAGCUUAAAUUUGUUGUUUUUCCAUUUGAUAAUUUAAAGCGUGUUGCAUUGUUCUCGAUAGAAAUUUUCCAAUGUAGGAAUUUCAUCAAAGAUUAGAUUUAUUGAAACUAUAAUUGUUUUCAGUUAACGAUUAUUAUCAUAGAAGAUAUCAACGGGUAGA